AUGACAGCCGAGGAUAUAAUUCGAGUAGCAGUGACGGUCUCGUUGGUGCAGGUUGGCUGUGAUCUGCUGGCGCGGUACAUGAUCUUCCAAAAAGAGCCCUACCAACGUGCCGUUAGUACACUGGAACGACGCAAAGCGCAAUACGACAAACUCGUCAAGGAAUUCGAAGGCAAGACGGGCAAGCAGCAAGAAAAAGUAAAAAAGCGAAUGGACCGAGCCAAGGAUGAUUUGGGAGAAGCCAAAAGUGCCGUCGCAGCCAAACAUACCACUCCCGGAAUGUUGACAUCGAUUGCCUUUGUCUUGCUCUUUCGCAUAUUGGGAACCGAACAUUCGGGAAAAGUCAUGGCGGUCCUACCCUUUCAACCGCUCUCUUUGAUGAGAAAAGUUACCUUGCGAGGACUCGAUUUUGGAGGCGAUAUGGGCUUUAACAUUUUCAAAGAGAGCCCGGGUGUCCAAUCGGUCCAUCAAGCAUGUUCCCUCAUGUUCAUCUACCUUUUGUGCAACAUGGGAGUCAAAUUCUAUGUCCAUCGGUUGGUAGGACAACAAACUCCGGAGGGAGUCGGAGGAAUCAUGGCACUGGCAGAAAACCCAAAAAUUGCCAAGGGAUUGAAGGAAAUGGGGCUCGACCCCGAUGAGCUAAAGCAAGAUUGA